AUCGACUUCCAUCAUGUCCGACUUUCGUACUCUCAAAUCGUCUCGUGCAACUCGUCAAUCGUUCGUCAAAGCUGAAAAGAAACCGGAAAAUGAGACUGGAAUUCAGAGUGAAAUCUCCCAGAAAGUCGAGAGUGAACCACAGUUAGGUUCAUCGUACACGCCAGCGGACGGACUGUACUCUUCUCUUCCUUCCAGUCUCCAAAUACGUGUUGAACCAGAAACAGGACGGGGUAUAUACACUACGGAUAAUGGAUUCAAGCCAGGCGCGGUUUUAGUCUCGACGAAACCUCACAUCGCGACGCUCUCAACCAGCCAGCUGAGCUCGUACUGCUCUGCAUGCUUCGGUCCAGGCACAAGUGCGCCCCUCAAGAGAUGUCCAAACUGCAAGAUCGUGAUGUACUGUGGUAGCGCGUGUCAAAGCAGAGAUUGGAGCCUGCAUAAAUUGGAAUGUUCUGCUUUACAGCGGUGGAUGAGCCAGCCUCGUCCCCAGCCUCCCCCUGGAUCCUCGUCCGAGCCUCAAGUGGUUUCAAGCGGAGAGACUCGAGCACCACCUUCAGACGCCAUUCGAACCCUCGCCCGUAUCCUAUGGCGAAAGCAGAAGGUCGGACUGACAUCUACGUGGGCUAAAGAAAUCGACCUUCUACAAUCUCAUCGGGCCUCCCUGUCCAAGCCCACGGUGUCGCAGUCCCCAACAAGCAACGACGCAUCCUCAAACAUCACUAAAGCUGCGGAAUUGCACACCCACCUGUCGCACGGCCUAAUACAUUAUAUGGGCCUCACCUCUCCGCAAGAACUUGAACCAUACGGAAUCAACUCGGCUGGCGACCUUGUGGAUUUGCUGUCGAGAUUUACGACGAAUACAUUCACGCUGACUUCACCCUCCCUUACACCUCUGGGAGCUUGCAUCUCCCCCGUUGCAGCGCUAUUCAAUCACUCGUGCGACCCCAAUGCGGUCAUUGUAUUCCCCAGGCCUCUUGGAGAUAAGAAAGAGCAUGAACCAUUACUGCAAAUUAUCGCCAUUAAACCGAUCCCUCCAAACACGCAGGCAAGUCAAGAGGGUCUCGAGAAAGCGGAGCGAAUUCAAGGCUCUGAUCCCCAGAAAGCGCUUCACCUGACCAGAAACCUUGUUCCGCUGCUGACUUCAGCAGGUCUUGUCCCAAGUGCCCACCCCCUCCUCGCCCUCACGGGCCUCCACACGCAAUUCCUCAUCGACGAGCUAUCACCCAUCCUCGCCUCGCUACCCUCGCUCAACACCUCUCCGCGGGAUAUUAAUGAUAAAAUGGACGUCGACGUCGAAGAGGUCGUCUCUCCAAACGUUCAACGCGAACAGCAAGCGCGAAAGGACGAAACGACCGAGAAACUGCAAGCGGCUCAAGAAGCCCUCGAUUCAUGUAUUCGAUUCAGUUCCAUGGCUUUAACUGGGCUUUCCGAGAUUCUUUCGUAUGGGCACCCGGUGAGAGGCGUAGCAGCAGUGGAACUGGGCAAGCUGUUGGUGGUGGACGAACCUUGGCCCACUCCCAGUGCCGCAUCGACCUCGUCUUCACCUUCCCCUUCACCCCCUCCAGCUAUCUCACCCGCACCUUCAUCCUCGUUCCCACCCUCUGGACCUCCUCGUCUCAAACUAGCCCACUCAACACUCGUCAAUGCUCUUAACGAGCUCAAGAUCGGGUUCGGAACUGAUAUCAACGGAGAGAGUAUUGGAGAGCUUGGAAAGGAAGUUCGAAAGAUGCUCGUCGAUGUGGAGAAGGAGCUCAGCGUGUGGGAAGAUGGUGUGAAACGCGCUUUGGAAGAUGCGAGGUUGGCGCAGAAAGGUGCUCAGCAGAAGUAG